CAUGGAAAUAUGCUGCAGAUGAAGCCAUACAAAUUUUAAUUUAAAAAAUUGUUUAAAGUUAUUGUACUCUUUUAAUUAUCCACAUAUUUCAACCUUUAAAAGUUAUGCAUUUCUCUUAACCAUUUCUAAGUUACUUUUACUAUUGUAAGUAAAAGUACAAUGAAUUGCACUCACUUUCCCUCUAUCAUAUAAAUCUUGGUCUACAUGUCACAUGAUUUCCACAGAAUGGAUUUCUAGAAUAACUUUAAUAAGUUCCUUUAACCAGGACUCAAGUAGAGUCACUGAGUCCUGAUUUCCAUGUCAUUGCUAUUGAUGUUUCCAUCUAUACUCUUCAGCUAAACCAAGAUUGUUCUGCUUCUUAACAGACAUAGGCAAAUUUGAUUUCAAUUUUUGAAAAACCAUUUUUGUGAAAUCCUCCAGCAUAUUCCAUUAUACUGUCUUGGGACAUGUAUAGUUUAUUCUAAAGAAGGAAGUUGUUGUCUCAAAAAAUAAGCUAUCCAAAGCCCUACCUUUCUUAAUUUCCUUUGGACGUAUUUGGAAAUAGGGCAUGUGGACAAAAUAUAAGUACUUUUUUUUUUUAAUAUUGGCAUAGUUCAUAAUGCAGCAUAUGCCUAGGAUGAUGGUAUCCAGGGUACCAGCCAGGUCUAAUUUUCUUUAUGUUUGUAACAGUAUCUGGCAGAGUGCAUAGAUUCAUUCAAUAAAUAUUUGUUGAAUAAAUGAAUGUAAGAAAUAAAAUGUUAAAACAGCCUUUCAGGCCAGAAAUUACUAUCCUCACAAUGAUUAAUAAUUAUUUCUAAGGUUUCUAAAGUGACAAAUAUUCUACAUCUAAAAUUAGAUGUAGGGCUUUAAAGAGUAGGCCAGAUGGCUGAAAUAUACCUGAACUUCUCUGGGUGCAAAUAAAUGGAUCUCUCUCCAUUCUUUGACUUUCCUUUUCCCCCAGGGCAAAAAAGGUCACAUUUUUUUUUCAGAUCAUAUAAUGACUGAUCCAGUUUCUCUUUGGCAACUGCUCAAAGGAUGACUUCAGGAACCCCAAUGUCUGUCCUAGAACAUGACAGACACUGAGCCUUCUGGAAAGUCUUGUUCAGGGUGCCCAUCAUUUGUCAUCUUCCAAGCUGAAUCCCUGAUCUCACUUGGCCAUCACCUUUCUCUGUAUCUGCCCCGUGGGGACCUGGGGCCCUCUGUUCCCACUUCUGCAUUGGCUUCCCAGGGACUGCCACCUGCCACCACUCACCUCCUCGGGCUAAGCCUGAAGGUCCCCAUUCAAAGGCAAAGAUUUUCAUCUGGCUUAGAUACUUAGCACAUUAAAUGCCACUCUUAUCUAUUCACACCCCAGGCAACAUUUUUAUUUAUUUAUUUUUAAGUUGGUUUUGCAAGUCAGUCACCUGGAAAUUCCCCAGACAGAAAGGGAACAAAGGACAGGAAAACCCAACUAGGUUCACUUAAGUUGAAGGUGCUGAGCAAAGGACAGCUGAGGUACUGCCCUGGGAACUGGGUGAUGACAGAAAAGGGAAGGUCCGGGGGAUAUUCUCAGACCCACACAGCCGUGGUCACCAUCUGCAUAGGGCUAAUCCAGGCUACAGAUGCCGGCAACACACAGAACCUCUUUCUCCCUCCUCUGCCCCUCCUCCCAGCACAGGCCCACUUGUUUGAGGGCUCAGAACCUGCUAACAGAGCAGAGAAAGGCUAAGGAAGUCCUGGACAACUGAGAAUUCCUGUUCAGCUAGUAGAGAGAGGUGGGUUCUUCUGCUCCGUUUUUCUGGCAAAUCACCUGCCUGGGGUUGAGUCGGGGACAGAGGCGCUGUAGUGACUCAGCUGAAUGAAGCACAGAAAGAAAAUAGGAAUGCGGGGCUUUAAAGUACCCACAGAAAAUUUGAUUACCUUGUCACCCAAGAGCCAACAUUCACUGCAACUCCUGAAUAAAAGCAAAGGUCUUGAAAGGGAGUGAAAAUGCAGAUGAGACAGUUAUCAGAUAGGAGUUAUCAGUACAAAAGAGAUCCUUUCACUUGACAGCAGAUUAGUCCUCAGGGCGUUGCCCUUAAGGCUUGUCCCUAACUGGCUACUUACAGAUGCUCCUUGAUAUUUGCUUAGAGAAGCCCUGCUGAUGUCCCAUCAUAUAGGAAACUGGCUACGAAUUUUUAACCAUUGCAGCUGUGAUGAUGAAAUGGUGAAGAAAGAUCUGCCUCUAAGUCAAAAACUGCAUCUAGAGAGACAAGGUUCAUUGUCAAUGCUGCAUCGCUGCUUCUGACUACAAGGCCACUGCACUGCUCAGGCCAGACAUAGGUAGCGCCAGCCCUGUACACAACACUGUGUUGGGUCCUUGGGCUGCAACCACAAGCACAGAUGUAAUGGACAUGGUCCUGCCUCUCCGCUACUGAGCAUGGUCAUGGGAAACAAGAGGAUCGCAAGAGACAGGAUGUGAGCAGCAUGGCACCUGCACUGCUGAUUCUUUUGGGGGCCACAGUGAUACUGCAAACAGAUUCACUUCCCAAUAAAAAUGCUGUACUUCUCCCACCUGUCAGUUUCACCAUUAAGGUUAUAGAUUUAGCUCAAGUUCUUUUACAUUGGGAGCCAAAUCCUGACCAAGAACAAAGAAAUGUCCAGCUAGGAUAUCAUGUGAAAAUAAAUGCUCCAGAAGAAAAAGAUUAUGAAACCAGGAACACUGAGAGCAGACGUGUAACCAUCCUCCAUAAAGGCUUUUCAGCCAGUGUGCGGACCAUCCUGUGGAACAACCACUCUUUCCCAGCAAGCAGUUGGGUUUCUGCGGAAUUGAAAGUCCCACCAGGGUCUCCCGGAACCUCAAUUGUGAAUUUAACUUGCACCACAAACACCGAGGCAUAUAAUUACACACACGAAAGGCCAUACCAAGUUUCUCUUCACUGCACCUGGCUUGUUGGCAAGGAUGCCCCUGAGGACACGCAGUAUUUCCUCUACUAUAGGUACGGCUCUGUGACUGAAGAAUGCCGAGAAUACAGCAAAGAUACCCAGCAGAGAAAUAUCGCAUGCCGGUUUCCCAGGACUGUUAUCAAUAGCAAAGGGCGAGACUGGCUUGCAGUGUAUGUCAACGGCUCGAGCAAGGAAGAAGCAAUCAAGCCUUUCGAUCAGCUCUUUGCUCUUCAUGCCAUUGAUCGGGUAAAUUCUCCAGUGAAUGUCACAGCAGAGAUUGAAGGAACCUGCCUCUCUAUUCAAUGGGAGAAACCAGUUUCUGCUUUUCCAAUCCAUUGCUUUGAUUAUGAAGUGAAAAUUUGCAACACAAGGAAGGGUUAUUUUCAGACAGAAAAAAUGAAGACCAACACAUUCAUCUCCAUAAUUGAUGAUAUUUCUAAGUAUUCCGUUCAAGUCAGAGCAGCAGUGAGCUCCGUGUGCAGGCCAGUGGGACUCUGGAGUGAGUGGAGUCAACCUAUUUAUGUGGGAUAAUGGGUGGCUCUGCAAGGAAUUCCUGGACAGUGACCCACUGGCCCAUGUGGAUGUGAGUUAGGUCAGAUACAGAGCAGGGAGAUGUUCCGGUGAGAUUGGGCAAGACGAGAAAAGGCCUGAGAAAUGGAAAGCUGUUCUGAGUCUGCAAGGGGGCAGCUCAUGCUGAGCUGCUGAGUUUCCAAAGGGUAAACGUGCCCCUAGAGUUGUGCAACAUGACCAGCCAGGGCCUUGUGGCAUGGCCCACACAUCACCCCACUGGGACUCAGAGGCGCUGCAUGAAACUUCCUGGCAGAGGGAACUGAAAGGAAAAAAGGAACUGAGACUGGGCCAACUGUACCUACUUCAUGGUUCUGCCAAGGCCUGUCUCUCCUUCUCCCCCAACCCACCUUCUUCCCAGGUGGAUGGUGAAACAGACUCAACACACGCAGACCCUCCCUCAAUACUGCUUCAUCUUUGCAAACAAAAUUCAUUCUGCUCACUGAGGGGGAAACCAAUAGAAGAAACAUGAAUCCAUUCCAGCGACUCUUUAACAAGGGUAUUAAUUUCAUCAAGAGCCUAUUGUAGAAAUUUAAUUUUCAUUACUCGCAUUUAGUGGAUUUUUUUUUAAUGUUUUAUUUCCCAAAGGCACAAAACUCACUGACCCCAAAUUAUGGAUAUUUCUAUGUUUUCCAACGUUAUUGCAAAUACAGUUUCAGAGUUUUGUUUUGUUUUAAUGCUGUUCAAGGACCUCAAACUAACUUGGAGACUAAGGUGGGAACUUUGGCUCUGGAGCCAGUUCUGAUUUUUCAGAGCUUGAGUUUUGCAUUCUCAUCAGUGUUGACUAUAGAGAGUUUAGAGCUUAGAGGGAGAGGAAGUAAAGAGCCAAUCAGGAGAUCUUGGUUUUUGUCAUGGCUUUGCCCAUGUCUAGCUCUUUGACUGUAGAGAUAGCAUAAAAUAAUAUUUCAUGAGCCAAGUAAUUGGAGACUGCUUAGACAGCAGAGUCCAGAAGAAUUCUCGGCUACAUUUAGGUCACUGGAAGGCAUGGCAAUGUGCUGUCACUGGUGCAGGGAACAGAGUGGUGAUGAGCAUGCCAAGGUUCAGCUGCCCUUGACUUAGUCAUUCCUAACCUCUCUGGGUCUCAGUUUCCUCACCUGUAAGAUAUGACUUUCCUCACUUAUAAAUUCUUCCCAAAUCUGCCUUUCACAUCCUUCUACCCCCAUCAACCCCUGACACAAGUGCUGAGAGGGAGACUGGGACCCAUGAUGAGAGCUUAUUUUAAGCUUGUUUUUUACUUACUAUUCACUCUCCACUUUCGAGCACCCGUCUCGUUAUUAUUUUCCAAAUAACAGCCUCCUAGUUUGGAACUGGGCUCAUUACCACAUCCUCUCAGGUGUGCCUCACCGCCAUCAUCUUCUGCAAAUCUCAUUUCAUUUAACUGCCACCCACUUUAGGAAGAUGAGCUGAUUCAUAUUCCCACUCACCUGAUAAACCCAUCCUUUCUGGAAUUUAUUCCCCUGCUCAGUUUAGGAUCAUUUGUGAAUUUAAUCAGUGCAGACGCUCCAUUUCCAUCAGGAUGAUUAAUAAACAUAAUAUGAAGUCCAGUUUCCUCUGGGACAUUUCACAGGCUCUUCCCUGCCCCUGGAGGACGCAGCAGCCUACCAGGCAGAACUUCUGCUCCAUUCAUUUCUUCUAGAAACCUCCCUCCUCUUCCACCUUAUCUUAUAAAUGGCACCCUGGUGCCCUCCCCUUCAAUUUGCACACCAAGGCCCAACUCAAAUAGCACCUCUUCCUUAGAAGUUAAAAAUCUACCUCCUAUAUUGGAAAGAAAUGGAGGCCCAGAGAUAUUAAAUAACUCAGUAGUUAUCAAACAGCCAAGUAGCUAUUAAUGGAUACUUUUUUCAAAUAGGUGACAUGAGUCAAUUAGUGCUAUGGAACAGAUUCAGUUUACUAAUUGACCCACGAUAGCCCAAGGUUAUUGAAAACAGAAACAUCACACAAGCUCUGAUUAAUGAAAAGGGGAGGAUGAAGGGGACAGGAGUGAUGUCCAGCUGGGGUUGGCAAGGUCCUUGAAUGGUCAAGAGACACAGGGAACGGCAGCUGGGGAUGCAGCCAGCCUCAGUGCACUCUUUCCUGUGAAACUCUACUCUCCUGUUCUGGGGUUUCCAGAGCAUGGAAUACCUUUUUUUUUUCUUUCUCUCAAAUGUAAGUAGCAGUUUCAUUUUAUCAGCCCUCAUUAUCAGGUGCCCUCCCUCAACUGGCUUCUCUGCCUUAUCUGAAGAGCUGACUUCCCACUUUUCAGACAUCUUUCUCCUUUUGAAACUUUCUUAACUUCCGGAUUCUUCUGUCCCUUUUUUAUCUCAACUAUCUCCCGUUUAUCAAAACAUUGUGUCUCCUGAAUAGUUCCUGGUCUGGGGGACGCUUUUCCUUCUCUGAAGUCUAUUUUUUUCUUCUCUCUCCCUUCUGAAGCUCAAGAGUCACACAGGAAACAAGCAAUAAGGAAAAUUAAGUCUCCUACAGGAAUGUCUUUCCCCAUGGAAAAUUGUUCUUUGAGCUGUGUGGUGGGUCCUGCUUGGUGGUUCUGAGGCCUCCUUAUCAGUGAUUCAUCUUUGCCACAAUCACAGGCAUUGCUCCUCAAACUAACAAUUGGGUUUUGCCCUGACCUCAGUGAAGGCCAUAUCUAAAGGCCAAGAGCAAGUCGAUGUUUUGGUACUAGGUACCAAUUAAUAUGUUUUUUGUUUUUAAAAAGAUUACUUGAGGCAUUUACACAUUGGGGAGUAGAGGAAAGUUCACCAUACUUCUCAGAUGGCUCAGCUGUGUGGUCAAGGUCAACAAAGGUGCCAGCUGCCUUUUAGGACAUCUUCUACAGCAAGACCAGUUACUCAUAGAUAAUCCUAACCUUGGCUUCCAGUCACAGUUUGUUUCUCUAUGUGUUUUUGUGUUUAAUGUGUGUGUUCGCGGGUGUUGAGGGUGGGGGGGAGUGGACACUUAGAGUCACACCCCACAUGCUAGAAUCUGUAAGGACUUCAUAAAAAUAGUUGGAAGCAGAAAAUCAGGGAGGGAAGUAAGAACUGGGUCUGAGAUGGAAGCAAAGUUCCCACAGGGAAACUCUGGUAGCUUUUUUCCUCGGACUUGACAUUCAUGUUUUGUGAAUGAGUGAGGAAACAUGGUACCCUGGACCCAGGGCAUGGGAAUCAAAAGUUGGAGGGCUUGGUGUCACCUUCGAAACCUACCCAUCCACCUCCUUGACUUUGCACUUUGCUGGCUCCCAGCCUCAGCCCUCUGACUCUGCCCCUGGGCUCUUUUCUUUUCAUCUCUUUUCAUCUUUUUUUUUUUUUUUCUUUUGCCCCAGUGUCUCUUUGUAAACCCUCAUGCAGUGGUAGAAGAGGGAGAAAAGCAGGAAGGAGAAAGGUGGAGGGGAAACAUGGUAGAGGGCUCCAAUUCACUUUCCCUAGGUCUUAUGAAUGAAUUUUGCACAUUCAAAAGCUUUUGUGAAGAAAUAGUGGGCUUCUGGGUCAACAGCGACAAAAACUGGUUGAGAAGAAAAAGUUGACCCAUUAGCAUGAAAAACCUCACUCACCUUAUCUGCGAGUGAUAUAACUUGUGGUGGAUCUGGGUUUUCUUUGUAAGUGGGAUAUUUCAAAUUGGUAAACAUGGUGGCUGGUCUGGUCAACAGCUUCCUUUCACCCAGGCUCCUGUGGUUUCCAGGCUGGGUGCCCCAUGCCUGGCAAUGCCACCUACUUAUUCUCAUCAGGGGGGCAGAGCCACCUCAUCCCAGUGGCAGUCCCACUGGUCUGAAGGAGGGCUGGCAGGGAGCUUUAAGACUCUAUCCCCUAACUGCAGGAGCAGGGAGUUCCCACUGUGCUCUCAGGCCUGACCUCAGAGGUGUGGUGCCCACACCACCCUUCUGCUCGUGACUUCUGCCCCGUGAUAGGCCCUCCAGAUGUUACGCAUAAGGUGGGACUCUGUUUUGGGGGCAGGAACUGUGCUUGGCUUGUGCACCUAUGUUAUGUCAUGUAUUCUUACCAACACAGGAUUUUCUUAAUUCAAAGGUGAGAAAAGAGAUGCAGAGGGGAUAAGGAACUGCCCCAAGUGAGAGAAAUAGGACGUGAUGGAUCCAGAUCUGGAGUGGACCCAUGCCCUACUCUUUCUGUGAUGCUUUAUCACCCUGUGGGUGAAGGUGCCACCUGGGGAGACAGGGGCAGGAGGAUGGACUGUGGAGGUGGGGGGGUUGGCCAUGGAAGGGUCACUCUGUCAGCUCAUGCCCUGGCCAGCCUCCAUGCAGACCAAGCAAGGGGGGUGUUUUCAUUGAUCUCUUUAGAUGAUGCUAAAUAUCCCCUAUAAUUUGUUAGCGUUUAUUUGAGUAUGAAUGUCCUUGAGGGUUAAGACCAUCAUGUCUUAUGCCCUUUCCUAUGUCCUACUAUUUGAAUACUUGGUGCUUUCUUUCCCUUCAGGGCUGAGAUUAUGACUCUGCCUUUUGAGGAUUAUGACAGGACUCAAAUUUUAGUCUUGCUUCAAUGAUUUAGGGAAAUGAUCUUGAUGUCUUACUUCUGACACAAUGUGUUUAAUUAUAAUCACAAUUAUAAUAACUAAUAUUCAUUGAACACAUACUAUGGACUAGCACUAUGCCAAUCACUUCACAUGUAUAAGCUCAGCCAGUUCUCAUUCUCACUGAAUAAAGCAGGCAAUGGAAGCUGAAGGGGCUCCCUGCCUGUGGUCACCUCAGUGGCAAGCUACAGAACCAGGAUGAAAGCACUUUAGCCCUUUUUUCUUACUUCUGCAUGAAGACUGCAGCCUCCACAGCCAGCUUUCAGCUGCUUUAGCAGGUGGAUAGAACAAGCCCAGUGGCCCUCUAAAGGGAAGAAAAUUCUGGGCUACCUGGAGCCUCAGAAGGCACACAGCCCUUGGUGCUAUGUGGAAAAGUCUGAGAAGAAGAUGGUGAAAAGAAGUUCUCUAUUCAACUGCAUCUAGUCCAGGCUUACCAGGGACAAAUGAAGGCCAACAGUACAGUCACCAUCAACCAGGGAAGCCUCAGUGUACACAUGCACGCAACACACAUGCUGCAUAGCGUCACCAAGUUCUCUCCAUGUUUUAGUUUAUUGAGUCCAGUUUCCCCAGAUGAGCACAGUGCAAGUUCUUUGUAUUUUGCUCUGGUCCCUGGACUGUCAAUGUCUCUCCAGUGAGGCUCCAUUUGCUCUCUCCCUCUUUUGGUAUCCCUAAAUCAGGUAAAGCUCCCAAUCCAUACAACAGCUGCCUCAGAAAGCUCGCCCACGCAAAAGCCUUGCUUAGGACUUUUGCUCGCUUGUGAGUCUGUGACCUGGCUUGGGGGGGCACUUCACAAGUGAUGCUGAAGCCUCCCCCUCCAGCUGGAGGCAAACUGCAUGGGGCUUCCUGGACUAACGCAGCUACAUCCUCCCAGUUAUCCAGCCCUGUUGAUGCCAUCCUCCCAGCGCCUGCUGGUUUUAUGAACACUGAGCAGGGCUGCUUCAGUGGAGGAGCCCCACCACUUCACUAGUUAGCUUCACUAGUUAGCUCCACUAGCUAGCUCUUUUCCCUGGGGACCUACUGUUGUGUCUGAAAUCAGACUCAAAAUCAGUAUGGAAGCACGGAAAGUCUACUGGUAUAAGCGGUUUAAGAGUGGAACGGCCUCCAAAUCAAACUUACCUUCUAAGAGUUAUCAAUUUGAACCACAAAGAUCAUAGAAUUCUAAAAUAAGAGGGGUUGUGGCACCAGGAAGGAAAUGAUUUGAGAAAGCUCCCAUGGCAGACAGAGGCAGAGCUGGGACUAAGUUGGCUCCAGGGCCUGGGUCUCUUCGACUACCAUCCCGUUCACCCUAUCUAUCCCUUUCCUACCCUCUCCUCCCAGGACUUGCGACAAGAGCCGAAUGUUCAUUAGUUGACUUAUUCUCAAGGUCAAAUGGUUGAGAUCAGAAACUAAAGAAGCCAAGGUCACCAGAAACCAGACAGCUGAGCUCCCCAAAGCUCCAGGUUGUCAUUGUCAGAGGAGCAUCCUGGACUGAGGGGCCCGAGCCUGAAAGGCUUCUCUUCCUUAGCAAUUGAAGCUUUGUGACUUCCUCUUUCUGAAACUCCUCUCUGGUGCCCUUUAAUUUCUUGAAAAGAAACCCUUGUGGCUUCUGUUUUAAUGGCAGAAAAGUCAUUCUUGAGUCAGAGUAAAGAUUCAACUUACCUGGAAAUACUCGUUCUUAAGAAAAUGUCCAAAGUCCAAGACCCCAGAAUUCAAAUUAAUGAUGUGGUGAGGGGCCUCCAACUUUACAGUAUGAAAAUUCUUGAUCAUUUUGACUUGAAGGAUAUACACUGUCAGUGAGAACUGUUUUCCUGUUCUGCCUUCAGCAAAAUCAGAGUAGACACUGUCUUCAUUUACUCACAUAACAGACUCACAGCCUCAUUUUUGCAUGAGUAAAUAAUGCAAUGGUAGAUAAUCCCCAGGCCAUUUCCAUUUGGUAGUGUAUUGUCGAAGCUUUUUCUUGCACUAAUUUUUCCUGCUAGCUUUUGUUUGCUCAGUAAAGCAGACCUUGGCUCUGUUCUUUGGGGUUUAGUUCUGUUCCCAGGUGGUGGGAGAGGAGUAGUUCUAAGGUUAAGAAGGGUCAUUGCAGAAGCCAGGCUGGGAGAAAUGACUCACAUUCCAACUCCCUCCAGGCAGUGACUGUUACCCUGAUUCCCAGCUACUACCUUGCAUGCACCAAGAAGUUUUUUGAUUUCAUGAAAUAAAAUCAGUUGCCUCUCUAAGUUUUGCUAAUUCAGAGAGAAUCUUCACUUAUCAACGUGAGCGCUGAAGUGAACGACUGGAGGGUGGUUUAACUGAAAAGAUUUGUGUUACCACAUUCAAGAGUGACCUGCUCUGUUAUCAAGACCUGACAUACCAGCCUGUGGGGAAGUGCACAAUUUGAGACACCAGCGGGACUGAGUGUGUGACCCUGAUAACAUUUACAACACUGCUCAUUGUUUCUGCAGAGCUCAAACCUCACCUGUUGCAGCUAGCUGUAAACAGGAAAACCUUCUUGCUGACAUAAUAACCUUUGUUAAAUAUGUAUCCCAUGGAUAUGAAUCUAGAGUUUCUUAAUGUACUUAUUGGGGGUACUUUUGUAAUGGUUCAGUGUGUGGAAGGGGGAGGUUCAGAGAUGGGGUGAUGAAGGACCCACAACCCCUGAUUCAGGACAUUAGACUGGCAAAUAAGACAGCAUUUGAUGUGACAAGAUGAGUUUGUCCCAUUUGCUUUUUUUUGGUUGUUUGUUUUGUUUUGUUUUUUUAGGGCUGCCCCUGCAGCAUAUGGAAGUUCCAAGGCUGCAACUGCCGGC